CGUACAUGGCAAUGGGAAAUAAAGAACGAGAAGGAAAAGGAAAAGAUUGUAGACGAUUACAGCAGCUGGGACCUAAUGCUUACGUGGGAUGGCGAACAGGACUGUUAGCGUAUUUGAGAGACAGUCUGGAAGGAAAUGAAGUGGUUGAACAUCGCACAUCCCUACUACUUGCUGUCGUCGCGCGUUUACCGCUCAGUCCACGCUGUGGAUUAGAAGGACACAGCAAGCAAAUAACCACGAAGUUGGCCGAUUAUUUGGGAAAUUUUCCAUCUUCUUGUCUUUCCACUGAAAUAUCUUUUUCUGACGCACAGCUGUUGUUAGAUUUGCAAUGUAAACGGUGUAAUGAAGAAAAUAUUAAUGAAAAUGAAAAGAAUGAUAAAUUUUGUAAAAGAAGACGACGAAAUGUUAUGGCUAUCUGGGAUAACAUUUUUCACCUCGAUCGGGAUGGUUUUGCUAUGGAGCAGGAGUCGGCAGCUAUUCCUAAAGGUUAUGCACUGCAAGAUUCGACUCUGAAAAUCAUGUAUCAUAAACUUGUCGAUCAUUCAUCUGAUACAAUAUCCGAAUUCGAAACAUUUGCACAUUCACUGUCAAUAUUUGCUCGAUUGGUUGAAGAUAGUAGCGUCUAUGGAUUCGUUGUAAAACAACUUUUAUCUCAUAAUUUUCCAAGUUAG